UCCAACAAUUGGUAUCAGAGCUUGCUUUGAUAUUUUUUCAAAUUCUUUCGAAAAUGGCCGGUCAUCAAAAUCAAGUAUAUGCCGAGGGUGCUUCCAUCAACAGACCACCACUCUUUACUGGUGAUAACUAUGCAUUCUGGAAAGUCAGAAUGAAAAUUUUUAUGGGGUCUGUUGACAGAGGCAUCUGGGAAGCUGUGCUAAAUGGUCCCUAUAUUCCUAAAAGAACUGUUGAUGGUGUAGAAGUAGAAAAACCAUACUUUAACUAGACUCCUGAGGAAAAUAGAAGAGCCCAAUUUGAUAUUAAGGCUCGUAAUAUUAUUUCAUCUGCAGUUGUACUUGAUGAAUUUUAUAGAAUUUCAAUAUGUAAGACAGCACAGGAAAUGUGGGAGGUCCUCAGAGUCACACAUGAGGGUACAGACGACGUGAAACGUGCAAGGAAGAAUACACUCAUCCAGGAGUAUGAGAUGUUCAGAAUGCAACCUGGAGAACCAAUUUCUGAUGUCCAGAAGCGUUUCACUCACAUUGUGAACCACCUAACAGGUUUAGGUAAGACUUUUGACACUGAUGAAUUGAAUGUGAAAAUUUUGAAAUCAUUAGACAGGUCUUGGCAACCAAAGGUGACUGCCAUCUCGGAGUCUCAAAACCUCACUCAGAUGUCAACGGCGAUUCUCUUUGGAAAGCUUCGUGAGCAUGAGCUUGAGCUGAAAAGAUUAACUACAGAAGAGGAUCAAGGCAAAAGAAAGACACUUGCCUUCAAAUCUGAAAUUUCAAAAGGAAAAAGUUAUAAGAGAAUUGAGGAUGAUGAUUCCGAUAACGAUGAGGAAAACAUGAGUCUUAUGAUUAAGAAGUUUGCUAAAUUUAUGAAAGCAAAGGGAAAAGACAAAUACCAUGGAGAAAGGAAAGAAAAUCAAGGAUCUCCAUCAAGCGUUAAAUGUUAUGGAUGUGGAGAAAGAGGACAUAUGAAGACUGAUUGUCCUAAUAAUAGGAAAAGUGAAGAAAAGAAGGAGAGAAAAUUUUCAAAGAAGAAGAAAGCUUACAUAGCUUGGGAAGACAAUGCUUCUAGUUCUUCAAGUUCAAGCAAUUCAGAUGAAGAAGCUAAUUUGUGCUUAAUGGCAGACUCAGAAGAUGCAGGAAGCCAAGUUAAUUUUUCAAAAGGAAAAGAAGACUCUAUGGUAUCCUGGUAUUUUUUUAAGAGCUUUGAAAUGAUUUAUGAAUGUUAGAUGUGUCUUAAAGUUGAAAAUUUGGCCCAAAUUUGUGUUUUUCGGAAAUUAACGUAAAUAAUCGA